CGACUCACUCGUGUGCUUUCCCCGCCAAUAGUUGCGUUGUGUUGUGUAGCUAUCGUACGAGAUCGCGUCAUUACAUCAAUAAUUUUGUUUUGGGCUUUGUUUUGGGUUAGGUAUCGUGCAAGGAAAAGCGAAUAUUUGAGAAAACGGUUCAAACCCGUAAUUGACCCGUAAAAAAAUUGAAAAUGAGUUAAAUAAAGUGUAAUUGUAUAACAAUUAGUAUUUUACCUAUAUUAUACGUUUUAUUUUUGAAGUCGAUGAACGUUUUCUUCGAAACCUUAUUCGUUCUUUUUUAUCAUCUGUUCGAUUUAAUUAAAUAUUGUCGUUCGAUUGUGUACACAUCAGUUUCGUUUAACGAAGAGUCUCCUCUAAUACAAGCACAACUAGAUAUUGGCACGAAUCAAUCGUGCUGUUCUAGAAUUACUAUAGAAUCCACAACAAUUGACACCACGGGCAAAACGGCGGAGGGCGCUAUCAGGAAUAGUAGCGGGCAUGUCAAGUCAUCGAAUGACGACCUGAGAGGUGAUGAUAGUGAUUUAUUAAAAGUAAAGCGGCCGGAUACGCUAAGUUUUACCACUAAAACCGUUAAAGAUUUCAAAAGCAAAGUGAAAAAACAUCGGACAGGUAACAAAGAUUGUUUACAAAACGGGAACUUGCCAAAAUCGAAUCAUAGUAUCGCUAAACCUUCAAAAGAUAAACUGAAACCAUCAAAAACAUCACCGACCUCAUCUACAAAGGCAGCCUCAAAUCUAGAUCAAAAUAAACAUUGCUCCAGUAAAAAAAGUGAGAAUUCCAACGAUAAAUUGGAUGUUGAUCAAAGUGGGUCAGAUACUCCAGAAUCAGCACAAGUAGCCAAUAGCAUAAAUCAAACAGAUCUUUUUAAAAGUUUAUCUGACAUCGGUACACCGGAAGACUCGUUUGAUCCCGGACGAAAAGUGUCACCAAAAGAAGCUUUCACGCCUACGUUUAGUUUUGUGACGAAUAAAAUGUUGAAGAAACACUUCUUGGGGAGGAGGAAUAGUAAGAGGUUUGUCAUAGGGGAUGGGGAGGAUGAAUUGCCUUCGCCCACUCCGCCCGAUGUCACCAUUACAGAAAGCCCCCAAGUGGAAUGUAGAACAGAAUGGGCCAACCAAGAAUCUAGUGGAAGACUUGGUGUUCCGAGAAAAGGACUGACGCCGUCUAUGUCCCAAGGAACUGUUAUGUUACAUAGCAAUAGACAUCAGGAAAAAGAUUUUACUGUAGCUACACCUGCCGAAUUUGUAAAAAAAUUUGAUGGUACUAAAGUUAUUAACAAGGUUCUUAUAGCAAACAACGGAAUAGCGGCGGUAAAAUGUAUGCGCUCAGUCAGAAGAUGGUCCUACGAAAUGUUUAAAAAUGAAAGGGCUGUGCGUUUUGUCGUCAUGGUAACUCCAGAGGAUUUAAAAGCUAAUGCGGAAUACAUUAAAAUGGCCGACCAAUAUGUACCUGUUCCAGGAGGAACCAACAAUAAUAAUUAUGCCAACGUUGAACUAAUUGUGGACAUAGCCAUCAGAUAUCAAGUUCAGGCCGUGUGGGCUGGAUGGGGUCACGCGUCAGAAAAUCCAAAACUCCCAGAAUUGCUCCAUAAGAAUGGCAUCACUUUUAUUGGACCGUCCGAGAAAGCUAUGUGGGCAUUAGGAGAUAAAAUUGCUUCGUCUAUAGUUGCUCAAACGGCUGAUGUUCCUACAUUAUCAUGGUCUGGUUCAGGCCUCAAAGCACAAUAUAGCGGUAAAAAAAUUAAAAUUUCUUCUGAACUGUUUGCGAGAGGAUGCGUUACAACAGCGGAAGAAGGUUUGGCGGCAGCUCAAAAAAUCGGUUUUCCUGUCAUGAUCAAAGCUUCAGAAGGAGGUGGUGGUAAAGGAAUUCGUAAAGUCGAUCAUCCCGAUGAAUUCCAAGCUGCAUUCAGGCAGGUCCAAACUGAAAUACCUGGUUCGCCAAUUUUUGUGAUGAAAUUGGCUAAAGGUGCUCGUCAUUUAGAAGUUCAGCUUUUGGCAGAUAAUUAUGGAAAUGCAAUUUCCCUAUUUGGAAGGGAUUGCUCUAUUCAGCGGCGACAUCAGAAAAUUAUUGAAGAAGCCCCAGCCUCAAUUGCUAGCGCUGAAGUGUUUGAAGAAAUGGAGAAAGCUGCUGUUCGUUUAGCCAAAAUGGUUGGUUAUGUUUCAGCCGGUACCGUAGAAUAUUUGUAUGAAACAUCUGGAGACUACUUCUUCUUGGAACUGAAUCCUCGCUUACAAGUGGAGCAUCCUUGUACGGAAAUGGUGUCCGAUGUUAACUUACCUGCAGCUCAACUGCAAGUUGCUAUGGGUCUACCUUUACAUUAUAUUAAAGAUAUUAGAUUGUUGUAUGGUGAAUCUCCAUGGGGCAAAACUGAAAUUGAUUUUGACCAACCUAGACAUAAACCCCAACCGUGGGGUCAUGUUAUAGCAGCUAGAAUAACAUCUGAGAAUCCUGACGAGGGUUUUAAACCAAGUUCUGGAACUGUACAAGAGCUAAACUUCCGUUCCUCGAAGAAUGUGUGGGGUUACUUCUCUGUGGCUGCAUCUGGAGGACUUCAUGAGUUUGCCGAUUCCCAAUUUGGUCAUUGUUUCUCGUGGGGUGAGAAUCGAGAACAAGCUAGAGAAAACUUGGUUAUAGCCUUAAAGGAACUAAGUAUUAGAGGGGAUUUUAGAACAACAGUUGAGUACCUCAUCACGCUACUUGAAACAGCCGAUUUUCAGCAGAAUACGAUUGAUACAGCUUGGUUGGAUAUUUUAAUUUCUGAAAAAGUGCAAGCCGAAAAACCUGAUGUCAUGCUUGCAGUUGUAUGUGGUGCCUUGCAUAUCGCAGAUAAAUCAAUUGAAACAGCCUUUCAGGAGUUUAUUAGUUCUUUAGAAAAAGGACAAAUUCAAGCAUCUAACACACUGACUAAUGUGGUUGAUGUUGAAUUGAUAAAUAACGGAAAUAAAUAUAAAGUUCAAGUAACGAAAAGUGGACCAAAUACAUAUUUCUUACAAAUGAAUGGAAGUUUUAAGGAAAUAGAAGUACAUAGGUUAAGUGAUGGAGGUAUACUUCUUUCUAUUGACGGUUCUUCUUUCACAACUUAUAUGAAAGAGGAAGUAGACAGAUAUCGAAUUGUUAUUGGCAAUCAGACUUGUGUUUUUGAAAAAGAAAACGACCCUACAAUUUUAAGGUCUCCAUCUGCUGGUAAAUUGAUUGGAUUUUUAAUUGAAGAUGGUGGACAUGUCUCAAAAGGACAAACUUAUGCUGAAAUUGAAGUAAUGAAAAUGGUUAUGACCCUUACAGCAAGCGAAGCUGGUAUAAUUACAUACGCGAAACGACCCGGCGCUGUUUUAGAUGCUGGAUCUAUCUUAGCAAAUUUAGAAUUAGAUGAUCCUAGUCUUGUCACAAAAGCUGUUUCAUAUAAAGGACCCUUCCCCGAAAUGGAUACAUCACUUUCAGGCCUUCCAGAGAAAUUAAACCAUAUCCAUAUUAACUAUAAAAUAAUGCUAGAAAAUACUUUAGCAGGAUAUUGUUUACCUGAACCCUAUAAUGCUCCUAGACUAAGAGAGGUGAUAGAGAAAUUUAUGUCAUCUUUACGCGAUCCAAGCUUACCACUUCUUGAACUACAAGAAGUGAUGGCGUCAAUUUCAGGGCGUAUUCCCAUUGCUGUAGAAAAGAAAAUUAGAAGGCUGAUGACGCUGUAUGAAAGAAAUAUAACGUCAGUUUUAGCACAAUUUCCUAGUCAACAAAUAGCGAGCAUUAUUGAUAGUCAUGCAGCAUUAUUUACUAAGAGAGCAGAGAGAGAUGGAUUCUUUUUAGCCACAGAAGGCAUUGUUCAAUUAGUACAGAAGUAUAGGAAUGGAAUAAGAGGUAGGAUGAAGGCAGCUGUGCAGGACCUUUUAAAACAAUAUUAUGACGUGGAAAGUCAAUUUCAGCAUGGUUCAUACGAUAAGUGUGUCUCACAUUUAAGAGAAAAACACAAAGAUGAUAUGAAAAUCGUGUCUGCUACAAUUUUUUCACAUGCUCAGGUGGCAAAAAAGAAUAUUCUCAUUACAAUGUUGAUUGAUCAUUUAUGGUCCAAUGAGCCAGGUUUAACUGAUGAACUAGCUCCUGUUUUAACCGAGCUCACUUCUCUAAAUAAAAGUGAACACUCCAAAGUAGCGUUGAGAGCUCGUCAAGUUCUUAUAGCGGCUCAUCAACCAGCUUAUGAGUUACGCCAUAACCAAAUGGAAAGCAUUUUCUUAUCGGCUGUGGAUAUGUAUGGACACGAGUUCCAUCCAGAAAAUUUACAGAAAUUGAUUGUGUCGGAAACUUCUAUUUAUGAUAUUCUGCACGAUUUCUUCUACCAUACCAAUAGGACGGUAUCAAGUGCAGCUUUAGAGGUUUAUGUAAGGCGGGCAUAUACAAGUUAUGAAAUACUUACUUUACAACAUUUUGAGCUUAGUGGAGAAAUCCCUGUGGUUCAUUUUCAAUUUGUGUUGCCAUCAACUCAUCCAAGUAGAUUAGUUAAAAUCAAUAAUUUUACGGAAAAAAUUGAAAUUGAUGGCAGAUAUGUAGAUCCUCCUACAAUUAUCGACACAUUCCAUAGAACAGGAUGUAUGGCAGCUUUUGAAAACUUUCAGCAGUUUGAUCAAUAUUCUGAUGAAAUUCUGGAUUUGAUUGAAGAUUUUGCUAAUCCUGCUACUAUUAGUUCCAGAGAUUUAAAUGCUGUUGAAUCAGGUUCAGAAUCAAGGAAAAAUUCAACAUCAAUAAAUGUUAGUUUAUCACUAGAUGGUCCGAGAGUGCAACAAAAUGAUGAUAAUGUUAUAUUGGAACCUCAACAUAUUUUACAUGUUGGAAUUAAAGAUGAUGGAGAUAAGGAUGAUGCUACAAUGAGUAAAAUGUUCGCCACUUUUUGUAAAAAGCACAAAGAAGAACUACUUACUAGAGGGAUUAGAAGAAUAACUUUCAGUGCACUUAAACAUAAACAGUUCCCUAAAUUCUUUACAUACAGAGCCCGUGACGGUUUUAAUGAGGACAAAAUCUACCGCCACUUAGAACCCGCAGCUGCAUUCCAAUUAGAGUUAACGAGAAUGAGAUCUUAUAAUUUAGAAGCAUUGCCGACGUCUAAUCAGAAAAUGCAUCUUUACCUUGGAAAAGCAAAAGUACCUCCAGGAAAGGAAGUGACAGAUUAUCGUUUCUUUAUUAGAAGUAUAAUAAGACAUUCCGACUUAAUUACAAAAGAAGCGUCUUUUGAAUACCUACAAAAUGAAGGUGAAAGAGUGCUUCUCGAAGCCAUGGAUGAACUAGAAGUAGCGUUUUCACAUCCACAAUCAAAGCGCACUGACUGCAAUCAUAUAUUCCUCAAUUUUAUACCUACUGUGAUUAUGGAUCCCGCUAAAAUUGAGGAAGCAGUUACUAACACUGUUCUAAGAUACGGGCCUAGGUUAUGGAAACUUAGAGUUCUACAAGCUGAAAUUAAAGUCUUGAUAAGGCCAGCUCCUAAUGCCCCUACUACACCCAUACGUUUAUGUUUAGCAAAUGAUAGUGGCUAUUACUUAGAUAUCAACAUGUAUACAGAAGUUACUGAUGCAGAAUCUGGAGAGAUUAAAUUUAAAGCUUAUGGAAAGAAGCAGGGUCCCAUGCACGGUUUACCUAUUUCUACGCCAUACUUAGCCAAAGAUUACCUACAGCAAAAAAGAUUCCAGGCACAAAGUAAUGGAACAACAUAUGUUUAUGAUUACCCUGAAAUGUUCCGACAAAUGGUUGAUCUUCAAUGGAAACAAUAUAGCCAGCAAGUUUCUGAAGACGUUGAAAUUCCAGACAAACUUAUGGACUUUGUUGAAUUAGUUUUAGAUGUAGAGACAGAAACCAGAUUAAUUGAGCAGAAAAGAGUUGCUGGUGAAAACAAUGUUGGAAUGGUAGCUUGGAAUCUAACAUUAUACACACCGGAAUACCCUGAUGGUAGAAAUAUCAUUGUAAUUGCCAACGAUUUAACUUACAAAAUUGGAUCAUUUGGACCAAGAGAAGAUAAGGUUUAUGGAUUAGCAUCAGAACUGGCUAGACAACUUAAAAUUCCCAGAAUAUACAUUUCAGUAAAUUCUGGUGCUAGGAUAGGAUUAGCUGAAGAAGUGAAGAAUCUAUAUAAAAUAGCUUGGAUAGAUAAUAAUGACGAAGAAAAAGGCUUCAAGUAUUUGUAUCUAACACCUGAAGAUUAUGCCAAGAUUAGCCCUUUUAAUUCUGUAAGAUCUGAGUUAAUAGAUGAUGAGGGAGAAUCUCGUUACAAAAUCACAGAUAUUAUUGGUAAAGAAGAUGGAUUAGGCGUCGAAAAUUUGAAGUAUGCGGGUAUGAUUGCAGGUGAAACAUCAACCGCAUAUGACGAAAUUGUCACUAUUUCUAUGGUUAGCUGUAGAGCGAUUGGUAUUGGCUCAUAUCUAGUUAGGUUGGGUCAGAGAUUAAUUCAAAUUGAAAACUCCUAUAUAGUUCUGACAGGGUAUAGUGCUUUAAAUAAACUUCUCGGUAGAGAAGUGUAUGCUUCGAAUAACCAACUAGGUGGAAUUCAAAUUAUGUAUAACAAUGGAAUCUCGCAUAAAACUGAACAGUCUGAUUUAGAUGGUAUAUACACAAUUUUGAGAUGGCUUUCAUAUGUUCCUAAAGAUAAAAUGUCUCCACUGCCAAUAAUUAAGUCAUCUGAUCCCAUCAAUAGAAAUAUAGAUUAUGUACCUACGAAAACGCCGUACGAUCCUAGAUGGAUGCUGGCUGGACGCGAAAAUCCCAACGACCCAACCGUAUGGGAAUCGGGCUUUUUCGACAGGGGAUCAUGGGAUGAAAUUCUAAGACCUUGGGCUCAAACUGUAGUAACAGGAAGAGCAAAAUUAGGUGGCAUACCUGUAGGUGUAAUUGCUGUUGAAACUAGGACAGUUGAAUUAAAUUUACCGGCUGAUCCAGCAAAUCUUGAUUCGGAAGCCAAAACAGUGUCACAAGCUGGUCAAGUAUGGUUUCCUGAUUCUGCUUACAAAACUGCUCAAGCUAUCCAAGACUUUUCUAGAGAAGAUCUGCCAUUAUUCAUUUUUGCCAAUUGGAGAGGUUUUAGUGGAGGAAUGAAAGAUAUGUAUGAAGAAAUCAUGAAAUUUGGUGCCUAUAUUGUUGAUGGACUGAGAAGAUAUACACAACCUAUUAUUGUAUAUAUUCCCCCUAAUGGCGAACUGAGAGGAGGAGCAUGGGCUGUAGUAGAUCCCACAAUUAAUUCUAGAUAUAUGGAGAUGUAUGCAGACCCCAUAGCUAGAGGUGGUGUUCUUGAACCAGAAGGUAUUGUGGAGGUUAAGUACAAAAAGAAGGAUUUACUUAAAACGAUGCACAGAUUAGACCCAGUGUUGAAAGAUCUGGGAGAACAAAUUAAGAAGUUCCAAGAUGCACAGCCCGUCAGAGAAAGAUCUUCAAGUAUAACACCUGGCCAACCAGUGCCGGAAAGAGAAAAACCGAAAGAAAUUAAAGAAUUAGAACAAAAAGUAAAAGAAAGGGAAAAUCUUUUAGUUCCUAUGUAUCAUCAAGUUUCAUUGCAUUUUGCCGAUCUCCAUGAUACACCCGAAAGAAUGCUUGAAAAAGGUGCAAUUUCUGAAAUUGUGCCAUGGAAAAAAGCACGAAAUCACUUUUACUGGAGGCUAAGAAGAAGAUUACUUCAAGAUCGAAUUGUAAAAGCUCUCUUAGAAGCUCAACCUGAAAUUGCCUUAGGACAAAGUGAAGCUAUGUUAAGGAGAUGGUUUAUAGAAGAUAAAGGAGCAACAGAAAGUUACAAGUGGGACAAAAAUGAAGUGGUAGUAGAAUGGUUAGAAGAUCAAUUAAGUAGGCCAGCUGAAAAAUCAAUCAUUAGUCAUAACAUCCAUGCUGUUAAAAAGGAUUCGGGUUUAAGUCAAAUUAAAGAAUUAUUAGAAGAAUGUCCUGAUAUGACACUUGAUGCAGUUGACGUCUUAAUUGAAAAACUAAACGAUAAUCAAAAGGCAGAGGUGAUACGAAAACUAUCUCUACUUGGAUCAUUAGAAAACAUUGAUUAGACAUUUUUAUGAUAUGAGGAUAUGAAAAAAAAAUGACAGAUCUGAUAGAUUUCGAUGUAAUUAAAAAAUAACCUUUUUACUUAUGAGGGAUUUUAAUCUGUAAUAAUAUUUAUUACAUUACUGUAUAUAUUCAGUAAUUAUUAUGUGAUUGGCUAUUUUAUACCAAUAUUUAAAUAUUGUAAAUUUCUAAGAAUAGACUAAAUUAUUAUAUAUAAAUAGGUACUUUAAUAGGUAAUAUUACAAAACUAAGUACAAAUUAAUGAAUAUGUUUAACGCCUCUCUUCACUCAAAAGAAAAGUUACUUUUCUGUAAAUGACAGUUUAUAUUUUAAUAUAAAAGUUAGUACCGCACAAAAUCACAUUGAUUGAUUUAUAAAAUCCUAUAUAGUCUAAAGAAGUAUUCCUAGCAAAAGUAUAGAAAAUAUAAUUGGCCUAUUUUUAUAACUUUUAAAAAAGUUGUUAAAUAAUUGUACAGAAAAGAGUAUAUUUUAUUUAUUUUCGUAAGUUUAAUAUUUACUUUCCUAUCCACGAACAAUCCCUAAAUAUUUACAUUAACUUCUGUUUUGGAUACUUUUGUCUUUGUUUGAAUUGUAAUAAAUAUUCUUGUAUUUAUUUAUUUGUUCUUUAUAAUAUAAAUGGCUGUUAAGGAUUUUGUUGUUACCUUUUUGUUAAUUACUUAUUAUUUAUAAUAAAAAGUUUAAUAUUUU